CUGAUUGGCGACGCGGACGCGCGAAAGAAAAGUCGAAACACAAGUGAAAUUAACUUUAAAAGUAUACACUUAUUAGAUGUUUUAGAUCGAAUACCAAUUAUUAAGUGCAAAGUGAAUAAAAGUCAAUUAACACAAAACAAACACAGCCAAUUUACACAACAAAAAAACAACGAGAGACAUGGCAGCAAUACAGCAACAACCACAACAACAACAGCCGCUACAGCAGCCAAAGCAACAACAAUUCGCUUUACUGCCAAAAAUCAUAAACGGCGGCAUUGCGGGUAUUAUUGGCGUUACCUGUGUAUUUCCCCUGGAUUUGGUGAAGACGCGUCUACAGAAUCAGCAAGUCGGACCAAAUGGCGAGCGCAUGUACAAUAGCAUGUUCGAUUGCUUUCGCAAAACGUAUCAAGCCGAAGGGUAUUUCGGCAUGUAUCGCGGAUCGGGUGUCAAUAUCUUGCUUAUUACACCCGAAAAGGCCAUUAAGCUGACAGCGAACGAUUACUUCCGUCACAAAUUGACCACAAAGGAUGGCAAACUGCCGAUGAGUAGUCAAAUGAUUGCUGGUGGCUUGGCCGGUGCAUUCCAAAUAGUUGUGACCACACCCAUGGAGCUGUUGAAGAUUCAAAUGCAGGACGCUGGACGUGUCGCGGCGGCUGCCAAACUGGCGGGCAAAACGGUGGAGAAAAUUACGGCCACACAAUUGGCCACACAGCUGCUGAGGGAGAGGGGCAUCUUAGGGCUCUAUAAGGGCAUUGGAGCAACGGGGUUGCGCGAUGUUACAUUCUCAGUUAUAUACUUCCCAUUGUUCGCGACGCUAAACGAAUUGGGUCCGAGACGUAAUGAUGGCUCGGGCGAGGCGGUCUUCUGGUGUUCCUUCCUGGCUGGCUUAGCGGCUGGUUCCACGGCUGCCUUGGCCGUAAAUCCCUUCGAUGUGGUCAAGACGCGUCUGCAGGCAAUCAAGAAGGCCGAUGGCGAAAAGGAAUUCAAGGGCAUUUCCGAUUGCAUAACCAAAACGCUCAAACACGAAGGACCCACGGCAUUUUUCAAAGGCGGGCUCUGCCGAAUGAUUGUGAUUGCACCGCUCUUCGGUAUUGCUCAAACCGUCUACUAUCUGGGCGUGGCCGAGGGCCUAUUAGGCGUGCAGAAGAAGUAGACGAAUCCGUAAUCGAAGGAACAAAACGGUCUAAAGGCAUUUUAGUUUAUUAUUGAGUGUUAAUUGUGUGUAAAUUCGUAAAUGUGUUAAUGUUGUUGCUGUUAAAUGCUGUCCCAAUUGUAAAUUCUAUACUGGAAUGAAGAUCGUCAAACUUCGCAGGAGCUUCGAAAUAGUGCAGGUGUAUGACAAAGCUAUGGAUUAUUUCAUAGUCAGCUUAUAUAUGCAGUUGUUAAAGUUUCCCAUAUAUUUAUUUUUCUGAAAGACAAACGCUAUCUCUAUAAAGACGAGAAAAAAAUAUCGUUGCAUAUUAAAAAGUACAGGCGAAAUUUUCUACUAAAAUGACAAUAAGCUCACAGAUAUAUAGAAAUGACAAUUAUUAUAUAUCGAAGUAUGUUUUUCUUUUUAGCUUAAUUUAUAACUGUUGUUAUUUGCGCUCACUAUAUAGAAAUAUAAACAAACAAUUACAUAUGCCAUAUGAUAUAAAGCGAGAUAAAUAUUGCAUAUCGUUUAGUACGCGGGAUAAUUCCUUCUUUGCUUAAAUAACCAUAAAAUUAGUCAGGAUUGCAUUUUUAGUUGUUUUUAGCGACAAUUUUAUU